GCCGCUCGGCGGCUCAGCGUUCGGGUUUCCAGAUGGAGGCGGCGCCGGAUCCCGGGCCGGGGCUCUGCUGCAAACCUGGCGGGCGACUGGACAUGAGCCACGGCUUCGUGCACCAUAUUCGACGGAACCAGCUCGCUCGGGACGACUACGACAAAAAGGUCAAGCAAGCAGCCAAGGAGAAGACAAGGAGGCGGCACACCCCCGCGCCGACGCGGCCCCGCAAGCCCGAUCUGCAGGUGUACCUGCCGCGACGCCGAGAUGAUUCUACCCACCCAAGCAACCCAGACUAUGAGGAGUCUGGUGAAAGCAGCAGUAGUGGUGGCUCUGACCUGGAACCUUCUGGGCAUCAGCUCUUCUGCUUAGAGUAUGAGGCAGACAGCGGAGAGGUCACUUCAGUUGUGGUGUAUCAGGACGACGACCCAGGAAGGGUGAGUGAGGAAGUGUCAGCACGAACGCCUCUGGAUCCGCUCAUGCGAGAGGCCCUCAAGUUGCGCAUCCGAGAAGAGAUUGCUAAGCGACAGAGCCGACACUGA